UUCUCUAGUUUAGGCUCGCUCCCCGCCCUCCCCGGCUGUGCGCUCUAGGUGCGGCUGUGCGCUCUAGGUGCAGCUGUGCGCGCAGUUCGGCAGUCCCAGCCAUGUCCGCCGAGAGAGAGGUAGCCGAGGCGGCCACCGUGGUGGCGGCGGCCGAGGCAAGGGCAGGAGAAGACGCCCCUUCGCAGCCCCCGAAGGCGGAGGCAGCCGGCGAGGCCCAGCCAUCCGCGGCCCCGGAGGGGGCCGCCGCCGCUUCGCCGCCGCCGCUGCGCUGCCUGGUGCUCACCGGCUUCGGCGGCUACGACAAGGUGAAACUGCAGAGCCGGCAGGCCGCGCCCCCGGCCCCCGGUCCAGGCCAGCUGACGCUGCGCGUCAAGGCCUGCGGGCUCAACUUCGCCGACCUUAUGGCCCGACAGGGGCUGUACGACCGGCUGCCGCCGCUGCCCCUCACUCCGGGCAUGGAGGGCGCGGGCGUGGUAAUCGCUGUGGGCGAGGGAGUUAACGACCGCAAGGUAGGGGAUCGGGUGAUGGUGUUGAUCCGGUCAGGCAUGUGGCAGGAGGAGGUGACUGUGCCUUCGGUCCAUACCUUCCCGAUGCCAGAGGCCAUGACUUUUGAAGAAGCUGCUGCCUUGCUGGUCAAUUAUAUCACAGCCUACAUGGUCCUCUUUGAUUUUGGCAACCUACGACCUGGCCACAGCGUCUUGGUACACAUGGCUGCAGGGGGUGUGGGUAUGGCUGCCCUGCAGCUGUGCCGGACAGUGGAGAACGUGACGGUGUUUGGAACGGCCUCAGCCAGCAAGCAUGACGUGCUGAAGGAGAAUGGAGUCACACACCCCAUCGACUACCACACGACUGACUAUGUAGAUGAGAUCAAGAAGAUCUCCCCCAAAGGAGUGGACAUCGUCAUGGACCCUCUAGGGGGAUCAGAUACUGCGAAGGGCUACAACCUCCUCAAACCCAUGGGCAAAGUGGUCACUUACGGAAUGGCCAACCUGCUGACAGGCCCCAAGCGGAACCUGAUGGCCCUGGCGCGCACGUGGUGGAAUCAGUUCAGCGUGACAGCGCUGCAGCUGCUGCCAGCCAACCGCGCUGUGUGCGGCUUCCACCUGGGCUACCUGGAGGGCGAGGUGGAGCUGGUCAGCGGUGUGGUGGCCCGCCUCCUGGCUCUGUACAACCAGGGUCGCAUCAAACCCCACAUCGAUUCGGUGUGGCCCUUUGAGAAGGUGGCAGAUGCCAUGAGGCAGAUGCAGGAGAAGAAGAAUGUGGGCAAAGUCCUCCUGGUGCCUGGGCCCGAGAAGGAGAACUAGGCCAGGGGCCGGAAGACCCUCGGGGCCCAGGGAAGAGAGAAGCUGGGAAGCCAUGCGCUGCUGGCCACCAGCCCCUCGCAGUUCAUCCCCUAUCACAAUGCGCUGCCCUCUCCCCCCAAAGGUCUCCGAGGUGAUGCCCUCUCCCCUGCCCUGUUCUUUCUCUUUGGUCAGGGCUUCCCCCCUCCCCUUCCAGGCCCCUGAAGAGGCUGGGAAGUGACCACUUGGAUGUCUAGGCCCUGCCAAGGGGACAGGGAGGGUCAGAGGGAGGCCGGCUGCUUCCUGCCCCCUCUCUGUCCCCGGGCCUGCUGUGCUGCUUUGUGCCAAGGUUAGCCAGUCCCUUCCCAUCCUGUUCUGUGUGCUUCCGCCUCCGCCUCAUCUCCCUUCCUGCCCCUGCCCCACACCUCCCCAAAGAAUUGAAAUGUCAGCUCAGGAUAUGGGGCCAAUCUGUGUGAAUCCAGCAUGUCCCUGUCUUGCCCUAGCCAGCACCCACCUUGUCGCAUGGCCUCGUCCUCUUGUCCCUAAUCUCUCAAGCACAAGCGGGCUCCUUCCACCUCCCAGUGUUCCGCCACUCUCAACCAGGGGUGCCUCUUCCAGCAGGGGUGGGAGUCAGACCUGCUCCCCUAGGUCACCGCUCUGGGAGGGACACAGAGCCCCCUCACCCUUCACUGAGUUCUCUGGAUUUGUUCUCAGUGCCUUAGCAUGGAAACCUGUGCUUGUGUAUGUGGGGUCCCUGUCUCACCUCCUCAGCCCUGUCCUCCCCAGUGCCUUCCUUGUUCUGCUGGAGCUGGGGCUUUGCUGCUCCCCAGUCCCACAACACUGCCAAAAAUCUGUGUUUGUGCUGGUGGGUGUGGGGCCAGCCCCUGGCCCCCUGGGGCCUGUGCCAUGUCCUGUCUCUGGGGCUGUCAUUUCUCUAUGGUGGUUGAGGAGAAAGAGGCGGGAAGCUUUCUCAGCCUUGCAGCUAAGUGUGGCAUUUACCACAGCUCUAAGAGGCGAUGCCAUCUGUCUCUUGUUCCGGGACCAAAGUAAAAAUCAAAGCACAUUCCCCAUGUAGUCAAGGGAGGCCCACUGCCUUCUCAGAGCAGGGAGGCAGCUUUUCAAACUCAGCCCUAAACUUUGUUUACAUGGGUGGGGAGGUGGAACAGGGCAUCAAAGCGGGAUGUUUAGGACCUAGGCCACUGGAACCAAAGUGGGGACUUCCUAGGGUAGGGGUUUAAGUCCCUCUACUCUCAGACCUGGAAUUGGGGGGGUUAUUGCCCGAGCUGUUGCCAGUGGGAGGUGGGAGGAGGGGUUCAGCCUCUUCAUCAUCUGAAUGAGGCCUAAAUGUGCGAAGUGCGAUUUCCGCUUUUGUGUCCCCUCUCCCCCGCCAUGACCGAAGCUGCCUUUGUGUCUGUGUCAAUAAAAAGCCAAACCCUG